CUGUGAAUUUUUUUAUUUUCGUCUGUUCGUUGUUUAUAGUGGCAGCAUUGUUUCUAAUCGGAUCUAUUUCAGCUUGGUUCAUUCAAUUCAUCGCAAUCGCAUGCAUGGGUGGUUGUCUGGGGUCCGUUAGUAAAAUCAAAUUAAUUUCUUCAGUUCAUGAGCCUCUGAAUGAGAAGAAACAUCUAGAUCAUUUAGUACAUAAAGCUAAACUGUCGGCGGAUUUUUGGACAACCAGUACGCGUGACAUGGACAACUACAGUGCAGCUCAAUCACAAGGAAGCAUCUCGUCAAUUAGUACAUCUACUCAGACACCUGAUGCUCAUGGCGCUGCAAAUACAAACAACCAUUCUGAAUUUGUAAAUCAUGGAUUUAUUCGCUGGAACCAAAUCAGACAGCAGUGGGUCGGACGUAAAAGUCCCGAGAAGCAACCAAAACAGCUUCUUGAACCCAAAUUAAGUUGGAAUGCUACUUAUGAUAGUCUGCUGGGGAGCAACAAGCCAUUUCUCAAGCGUAUCCCACUUGCUGAAAUGGUAGAUUUUCUUGUGGAUGUUUGGGAGCAGGAAGGAAUGUAUGAUUGAGAUGUGUUGCAAGCUAAGGUUGCGGACGAAUCGUCAAGGGAGAGUAGUAGCCUUAUUAGGAUGAUGUAAACUUGAUUUGCUUCGUGACAAAGAGGUUUCUGGAUAUAUGAGGUGAUUUGUAAAGAUAUAUAUAUGUAACCUACCUUUUGUACAUUCAAACAAACUAUUGUGCUAGGAAACCCGUUGACGUUUAUAAAAACUGAUGACUCUCGUCUGGUUCUUUCAGCAGA